GGGAAAUUGUCACAUGACUCCAGAGCUCACGUGACUCCGAGUACACAUGACUUCAGCUUCCAGGCGCUUCCGUGAGAGCUAGGACGCCGCGAGCAGAGAUGGUCCGGCCAAAGUUGUCGCCGCUGUUCCUGCUACUGCUGGUCUCGUGGGCGCGCCGAGGCGAGGCCGCCCCGGAGCAGGACGAGAUCAAGUGUCUCCCGGGGCUAAGCAAGCAGCCGUCUUUCCGCCAGUACUCUGGCUACCUCCGAGGAUCCGGCUCCAAGCAUCUCCACUACUGGUUCGUGGAAUCCCAGGAGGACCCCAAGAACAGCCCUGUGGUGCUUUGGCUCAAUGGGGGUCCGGGCUGCAGUUCCCUAGAUGGCCUCCUCACAGAGCACGGCCCUUUUCUGGUCCAGCCAGAUGGUGCCAGCCUGGAGUACAACCCCUACUCUUGGAACCUGAUUGCCAACAUGCUGUAUCUUGAGUCCCCAGCUGGGGUGGGCUUCUCCUACUCUGAUGACAAGUUGUAUGUGACCAAUGACACUGAGGUCGCCCAGAGCAAUUACGAGGCCCUUAAAGAUUUCUUCCGCCUUUUUCCGGAGUACAAGGACAAUAAACUUUUCCUAACAGGAGAGAGCUACGCUGGCAUCUACAUUCCCACCCUGGCCGUGCUGGUCAUGCAGGACCCCAGUUUGAACCUCCAGGGGCUGGCUGUGGGCAAUGGACUCUCCUCCUAUGAGCAGAAUGACAACUCCCUGGUCUACUUUGCCUACUACCAUGGCCUCCUGGGAAACAGGCUCUGGUCUUCCCUCCAGACCCACUGCUGCUCUCAGAACAAGUGUAACUUCUAUGACAACAAAGACCCGGAAUGCGUGAACAGUCUUCACGAAGUAUCCCGCAUUGUGGCCAGCUCUGGCCUCAACAUCUACAACCUCUACGCCCCGUGUGCUGGAGGCGUGCCAGGCCAUUUAAGGCGUGAGACGGACAGUGUUGUGGUCCAGGACUUAGGCAACAUCUUCACUCGCCUGCCACUCAAGCAGACAUGGUACCAGGCUCUGCUGCGUACUGGGGAUAGGGUGCGCAUGGACCCCCCCUGCACCAACACCACAGCCGCUUCUACCUACCUCAAUAACCCUUAUGUGCGGAAGGCCCUCCACAUCCCCGAACAAGUGCCCAGAUGGGACAUGUGCAGCUUCCUGGUGAACUUACAGUACCGCCGUCUCUACCAAAGCAUGAACUCACAGUACCUGAAGCUGCUCGCCUCACAGAAAUACCAGAUCCUGUUAUACAAUGGGGAUGUGGACAUGGCAUGCAAUUUCUUAGGGGAUGAGUGGUUCGUGGAUUCCCUCAACCAGAAGAUGGAGGUGCAGCGCCGGCCCUGGUUAGUGGACUACGGGGAAAGCGGGGAGCAGAUUGCUGGCUACGUGAAGGACUUUUCCCACAUCACCUUCCUCACUGUCAAGGGUGCCGGACACAUGGUCCCCACCGACAAGCCUCAAGCUGCCUUCACCAUGUUCUCCCGCUUCCUGAACAAGCAGCCCUACUGACCGCAGGCUGCUGCCUGAUGCUGCCUGGUCCAGCCCCUCGUGACCUCUUCUGCCAGGACAUGGGUCCUGUUUUAUGCAAAGUGCCGCCGUGGGGCAGGUCCCUGCCUCCAGAACCAAGCCCCUUUCCCAGCCUCGAGCAUUCCAGACCCUGCCCCAGUACCUCACAUCCACAGCCCAGGGGCAAGUUAGCACUUUAUUCCCACAGCAGUUCCUGAAAGGUAGCCUGGACCCUCCCUGCUUAAAGAAUGCCUUUAUCCACACACUGAUCCCACCCGAGGAGCCCGGUGGAGCUCAGGACAGCCCACAGGAAGGGCUGGACGGAUUGGAAUUGAUUAUGGAAUUAAACUGAGUACAGCUUCA